AUGCGGGUAUCCUCCGCCCUCUCCUCCGCCGCCCUCCUCUUCUCCGGCCUCGCCUCCGCCCGCGGCUUCGACUGCAAGGACAUCGUCGUCGACAAAUACAAAUAUAACCUCAAUCCGCUGGGCGGAGUGCACGUCCUGUACGAUAACAACGUGACGGAAUCCUCCUCGGUCAACACCACCUAUGUGCUGAACAUCUGCGGGAUCCUGAAGGGGGCGUCGAACCGGGAUGGGAUGAAAUGCGGCACUUCGAAGAACAUCUGCGGCUUCGAAAAAACACAUUUCCCCGACGGCGCCGAAACCAAGAAACCCUUCCCCAUCGCCGGCCUGGAACCCGGCGGCCACGGCUCCAUGGAGCCGCAGAUCACGCGGCUGAAAUCCGACGACUCCGACCGCGAGGGUCUCCGCGUGAAGCUGUCCGGCGGCAGCUACGAGAACGCCGACGGCAAGAAGAAGAAGGCCGGCGCCGUCAUCGAGUUCCAGUGCGAUCCCGACCGGUCGGGAUUGGAAGGCCUGGAGUCGACGAAGGACGAGGAGAUGCGGCGUCGGGAGGAGGCCGGCGACGCCCAGGAUCAGCAGAGUCUGCAGUUUAAGAGCUUUGGGCUGGCGGAUGACGACUCGUAUGUGUUGCGCUUGGACUGGAAGACGCGCUAUGCGUGCGAUAACUACGUCGAUGAUAAGGAGGGCGAUUCGUCGAGUCAUUGGGGGUUUUUUACUUGGUUGAUUAUUAUCCUCUUCCUCGUGAUCGCCGCCUACCUCAUCUUCGGCUCAUGGCUGAACUACAACCGCUACGGCGCUCGUGGCUGGGACCUGCUCCCCCACGGCGACACCCUCCGUGACGUCCCCUAUAUCUUCCAGGACUGGCUCCGACGAGUCAUCAACACGCUGCAAGGGUCCGGUUCCAGAGGAGGCUACAGUGCGGUGUAA